AGCCUAUGUCCUCGUCGUUGCCAACGUUCACCCCGGAAUACUCGCUGUCGCCUCUGCCGCCGCCAUGCAGGCACCGACAAGACUGCCAGGCCAGCAAGCCCCCGUCAAGAUUUAUAAUGCCGUCUACUCUUCCGUACAGGUAUAUGAAUGUAUGGUCCGCGGUAUAGCGGUUAUGCGCAGAAGAGCAGACUCUUACGUCAACGCUACGCAAAUACUAAAAGUCGCCGGCGUCGAUAAGGGUCGUAGGACAAAGAUUCUCGAGAAAGAGAUCCUCCCGGGGAAGCAUGAGAUAGUCCAAGGGGGUUACGGCAAGUACCAAGGGACAUGGAUUCCUCUUGAGCGUGGCAGAGACAUCGCAGUGCAGUUUGGUGUCGCCUCCCUCCUCACACCGUUGUUUGACUUCGUACCGAAUACCAACGCGAUUGGCGCACUCCCACCUGGACUACCGCCAAUGACAGGGUUCUCUCCCGCUGGUCUCGCUCCUCCGCCAAUCAUGCCUGGUUCCGCGUUACGCCUCCUCAAUCAAGGGCGCGCCCAAGGUCUCUUUACGCCAUCAACGUCUACCUUAACUGCCAGUAGACCUUCAGGAUAUGGCUCGCCGUCACCGUACUACCCGGGCCCUUACACGAGCUCGCCAUUCAACCCUCUUUCCGCCGUAUCGCCUACACCACCUCCAUCUCAGCCCCCUCUCAAGCGAACUCGGUCCGACACUGAGAGCGACAUGAGCGUGAACAGCAUAAGGACUUUCCCCCCUCCGUUAGCAGCAUCACCGGACAUACAAAUGGCUGACAGGUCACGGCCACCUUCGACAGCGCCACUUGACAGCGCCGAUGGGCCCUCUCCCAACAAACGAGCCCGAACAGAACCCGCGACGUCGCAGCUUAUACCUACCGCUCCAAGCUCACCUAUCUCGUCGCAGGUACGCCUUCCACUAACAACCCCCACUCCGAGCGCGAACGAGCUGGCCACCGAAGGAAGCUCGCAGUCUGUCAUUGACAGCAAGGCAGCUCAACUUCAACCCAGCGAAGAUUCUUCAGAGAUCCGACUCGCGACUAAGCCUGCGCUCGCGCUCGGCAUGGAUCCUGCCGCGCCUGCGCGAGACGCUAGACGCGUCGCGACUAUCGCGCAUAUAUGUCAGAGGGACGAACCCGUAGCCGUUUUGAACGCACUGCGCGAAAUCCCUCCAGACAAUCCUGCUGUGGGGAAUUGGGACGUGGACCUGGUCCUUGACGACCAAGGUCACACUGCACUACAUCUCGCUGCCAGCAUGGCACGUCACCAGACCGUGCAAGCCCUCAUUGAUAACGGUGCUGACGUGCGCCGGGGCAACUAUAACGGCGAAACCGCCCUCGUUCGCGCUACCCUCGCGACAGCGAAUUACGAUACCCAAACAUUUCACACUCUUGUGACUACCCUCCACACGUCCAUACGGACAUUAGACACGGCUCGAAAGAGCGUUUUGCAUCACAUUGUAGCAUCUGCUGGCGUGAAGGGUCGCACCCACGCUGCGCGUUAUUACCUCGACCAGAUACUCUUCUGGGUUGCACAGCACCAGGGAGGUGAUUUCAAAAGCUUGGUCGACCUUCAGGAUCAUUACGGCGAUACCGCGCUGAAUAUUGCUGCAAGGGUCGGAAACCGUAGCCUAGUCCGGACCUUGCUCGAUGUAGGUGCGAAUCGCGUAUUACCCAACAGACUGGGGCUUCGUCCGGGAGACUACGGUGUUGAGACCGAGGAGCUUGGCGGUGGUCCUCGUGCCGAAGACAUCCUGUCUUCCCUCCGCGGCGGUCCGUCGAUUCCGGUGCAGAAGAGCCAAGACGUCUUAGCAGACAUCCAAGCCAUCAUACAGGAGCUCCAGAGUGACUUCGCCGCUGAGGUCAAGACCAAACAAGAUGCACUCGAUGUGACUGGAGCGCACCUGCGGGCUGCAACGCGCGAGCUCUCUGAGCAGCGGAAGCAGAUCUCUGUCGUGCAGGCGCAAUGCGCCGAGCUUGACCUCGUAAACCAGCGGAUACGCAACCUCGAAAAAGCGCUCGAGGAGGAAGACAAGUUUGACUGGACAGGGCGAACAGAGCCCGACGGUUCCGACGCCGGGUCGAUUGCAGGUCUCGCCUUCCGCCUACGUGGCCUUGGUUCGACGAUGGCAGGCAUCGGCGGCAGCGUCGAUCUAUCGUUCAGUCUCGACUCUGAGCCCGCGGUGCCGAUGGCGGACUCGAUGCACAGCCUGAUCCGUCUCAGACGGCUGAGCAUGUGGCACACGCGUAUCGAAAAACUCGUCGAGCAACGGCUGAACAAGCUCCAGGGCGCCAGUGCUGAGAGGGAGUUCCUGUGCAAGAAGAUCGUUGCGUUGUGCACAAAUGUACCCCUAGAUAAGGUCGAAGAUCUGCUGGAAAAUCUCGUUAUCGCAGUGGAAAGUGAGUCGCAGGUGAUCGAUAUUGGAAGGGUGUCUGGCUUCAUGCAGAAAGUUCGGAAUGGUAUAAUGUGAUUUGAUACAGGAUAUACAUACGGAAACCGUCAACUGUCGUUGCUCUCGGUCACAUGUUAUUGUAUCAUUCUCAAAUCUCUCAUCCACUUUAUUCAUAAUAUUCCACCGAUGGACUGUGGCCUGACGUUGCUUGGCCGCGCGUCGGCUGAAUACAGGCAUACAUUUUGGGGCAGAGAUAGCGGCAAGAUGUACAAAGACUACACGGGGAGUUCUUCCGGAGCAAAGAUUUGGAAGUUACGGUUGUACGUCCCAGACGCAAGAAGUUUCGCGUCGCUCGAUAAGUCAACAGACAUGACCUUCCCGCCAUCCGUCGGCAACGUGCGCAGCAGCUGCCAAUCAUCCGCGCUCCAGAUCUUGACAAACCCGUCGUAGCCCGCGCUCGCAAGGUACAGUCCCGAACGGUACCGCCACUCCUCUUCGGUGGAGUCUGCGCCAUUCGCCUGUGAUUUGCUCUUGUCGUGUGACUGGUCCUCGAUACCGUUCAUCUCGACGUCGGGCGACGACUCGGGCUUGACGUAUGAGAAUGCCUCUUGCGCAGUGAAGAAGCGCACAUCGGCGACGUUCGAGAGGUGUGCUGGGAUGGUGUACAGCGCCUUCAGGGAGCGCAUAUCCCAUACGCGGACUGUGUCGUCUCCCGAUCCUGUCGCGAUCUGGUGGCUAAGAAUAAUACUCAGGA